CCGUAUAAGCUGUCUUGUUGAGUUCGUGCAGGAAAGACGUACGUUGGCUUUCCAAGCUCUCUUGCUCGCGGUGAUUCAAUUCCACUAGCGGUGGAAGAAGCAGUUUCAACGAAGUAUGGUUUGGGGCCUUUUUCCCGUCGAUCCUCUCUCAGGGGAAGAUAAGUACUAUAUCUUUGCUUCAGGAACCUACAAAGUAGGUCGCAAAGGUUGUGAAGUAAUUAUUACCAAAGACAAAGGCGUAUCUCGGAUCCAUGCAGAAAUAGUUGUUGAUGCCAUGACUUCUAGUAUUUUGUCCAAAGUCCGGAUUAGAGAUUGCUCCAAGUAUGGAACAAUUAUUGACAAGAAUCUUGGGCAAACGGAAAAAGUUCAUGAGCUCCCAAACAAGGAAGCAACUUUAGGAGAUGGGGACCUGGUGCGUUUUGGAACUGGUAAUGCAAACUACAGGUUUUCUUUCGUCCCAAUCAUAUUUUUUGUGUGCUUGGAGUCCUUCCUUUCGAAUCAACCCCUUCAAGACAAAAUUUCAUCAAUUGGAGCUCGUGUUACUCAGAGUCUGACUCAAGAAUGCACCCAUGUGCUUGUUGAUCAACUCAUGCUGGUGAAUGACGAUAUCAUUGAUGCCGUUGUAUCGAAGAAACCUAUUGUUCUUGAUAGUUGGGUUGAGUUUGUUGCAGAAAAGAAAAUUCGCUCUGAAAUUCCUAGCUUCAGUUUAUAUGCCCCAAUGCUGACAGUAGGAGGAGUAUCAGUCAAAGUUGCAGACCCUAAAUCUCGUGAAAACUGUUUGGAAGGAUACACUUUUUUGUUGGGGUCAACUCACAUGUACAAGUUCAGGGAUCGAUUGCAAUCCUUAUUGGAAGUGGGUGGCGCGAAGAUUGUUUCUAUAAAAGGAUUUUGUUUGAGUAGCCAGGACACGGAGCAUGGAGACAAUGAUCGUAUGGUUUGUGUUGUCCCUGGAGGAUCAACAGAGGAGUAUGAUCAAUUCCAAAAUCUCAGUUCACUGUCGAGAGUAAAUGAGAUGGAUUUAGUAUGUGCUGUUUUAUCCGGAGGGAUGGAUCCAUCCAUAUUGAUAUCACCACGAAUUCUUGUUUCAUCUUCCUGCUCCACAGACGAAACAGUGGUAGCAGAUUCUGACGUAGAGGAGGAAACAGCCACAUCAAUUCAUGCAAAUGCCACAGUCUGCGAUGAUGAAGCCAUUAAAUUUGUGAGCAAAGCUGAAACAUCCAUGGAUCAUGCUGCUGCCAAAUCAGUGGAUGCCCGUGUUAUGAGCUGCAUAGAUGGUAGUUAUGGCAUGACAGUGGAAAGAGACAAGGUUGAUGAGCCCGAAUGUGGGAAUGCAGAUAUAAUUUACAGCCAAGAUUUAGUUGUGCAGUAUAUGGACUUACCUUCUCGUGCCAAUACUACUGCCAACAAUGGAGUUCUAAAUUUCAAACACUUCAGGAAGACAAAUACCCAAUCUGGGAAUAGCUUCAACAAUUUAAUCCCGUUUUCGAAGUACCCGUUCAAAGAUUCUGACUACGGGAGUGAGGAAGUGGUUGAGUCCGUUAUGGCUGAGAAAAAGCGAAAGCAAAUGGAAGCCAUUGCAGAAGACUUAUUUAACAAUGAGAAGGGGAGGCGGCGCGGCGUUGCUGGUUCUCUCCGUGGGCUUCUUACUCAAGUUUAGCAAAGGUAAUCUCUCUUGACUUCUUAUUUUCUGUUAUGGCUAAAGCAUAAAGCAUCAUAGUUACAAAUUGUGCUGAACUUCCAUGCCUACAAGUGAUCUAAUAACUUUAUUGGUUAACAGUAAGACGGGUUACCAAUGGUAAAUGGUGCUAACUGGUAAAUAUUCAAAGCAUUGAGGUGAAAGGGUUGAAAAAGAAAAGAGAACAUUGGGUUGCAUAUUUCACACUGAAAAAUGUAACAGAGGAAAUUUUGUCAGUUGCUUCUGUUAUACUUGUGUUUUCGGUUUUUGUGGGGUUUGGUACGCAUAUUUCAAUUGUCUAUUCUCUGCCUUAGUUUUGUCAAAUCUUCUGGUUCUUGUUUGGUGACCUUUGUGUUGAAUUCAGUGACUGACGUUCAUUUUGUUCAGACUAAUGUUUCAUCUUCUGUGAAGAAACCUCAAGAACUUGACAUGGCUAUCUUCUCUAUUUUCCUUUUUUUCUUGGCAUCUGCUUUCUCUUCCAUGCUUCUGCUUGCCUUGUCACCAUCUAUUAUCAGCAAUUUAAUUAGUUCUGAAAAUGAAUGCUAUGAAGCUACAGGAACUGGUAACGACAAACAUGAGGGCAGAAGCAAGCAGGGAGACUCACAGUCUCACAUGCAUAUAAAGUAUUGGAUUUUGUUGACUUUUUCCUGCCUGCACCUUCAUGUUUUGUUGUCUUUUACCAUCUUCCAUGGUUGAUUGUAAACUAUAUAUAUAUGACUAAACAUACAUUUCUAGCGCUUCCUCCAGUCUUCUAAAAGAUGAUUUGGAAAGAAAUGGAUGUUGGUCUAUAAUGGAUGUUAGAAAGUAACGGUC